AUGCGGCAUGCUCUCGGGUUCUAUGGCGCAUUGACGCUGACUGGCUUGUACUCAAUCUCCGACUCUGUCAACACAUUUGACCCGAGUAACUUCGAGCACUUCGUCCCGGCUUUGAAGCAUUGUAUUGCCGCUCACCCGAUCCUGAGCGCUGCAAUUCAAGGUCAGGCAACUGAAACUCCAAGUUUUACCCGACCUGCCUACCUGGAUCUUCGACGUCAUUUACACGUUGUGCCUGCAUUCUCGCCUUCGGUCUCCCUCACUCCCCAAGAGGAUUUGAAUUUGAUCUCACAGGUGACCAAGGAAAUACAUGACCAACCCUUUCUUGAGGUAGAUCAGCACCCCCCUUGGAAGGUUUGCAUUGUCCCUGUUUUCAAUCAGCCAGGCAGUACAGGAGCACAAAAGAUGUAUAUCAUUUUUGCUUAUUCCCACACUCACGGGGAUGGAAGAUCAGGCCUAGCUUUUCACAAAAGCUUCCUGGAGGGUCUCCAGGUUGGGCAUGAUCUGUACGACCGGAAGUACAUUUGUCAAUCAUCUACAUCGCUCCUUCCACCCCCUCUGGAGGAAGUCUGCGACUUGACGAUUAGCUGGUCCUAUUUUCUUUCCAAUGUUUUGCCCAGUUUGAUGCCGAGCUCCGUCUCGAGGCUUCUCGGUUUCCCGUCUUCGAAGGUCACCAGUGCUUGGACUGGAAAACCUAUGUGCCACGAGCCAUCCAACUUUCGCACAGGCUCGCAGGCUCUUUUGGUCGAGAAAUCUCUUCUUGGUGCCGUGCUGGAGAUCUGCAGGGAACAUGAUGUGAAGUUCACCGGAUUUUUCAAUCAACUUGUCGCGCGUGUACUUGACACCGUCCUCCCACCAGAUAUCCCCUCUCGACACCUCAUCGGUCAGAUAGUCGUUGACCUGAGACCACUAAUUCCUGCGUAUGCCGAGAACCAAAUGGGCAACAGUGUUUCGGCGCUCCAUGUGUCAUCAACCGGAUCAUAUCCGAAACCGAAAAGAGGCGGCGCGGUUCCUUUGAAACACGAUGACAUGUUCUGGGCUGCUGCGCGAAGGACGACGAUGCAACUCGGUGAUUGUGCGAGCACGCUCGCUGAUCAACCAAUAGGCCUCUUGCGAUACCUAAGUCAGUUCCGUCCUUGGUUCUUAGCGCAGUUGGGAAAGCCUCGAGAUUCGUCCUACGAAAUCAGCAACGCUGUGGUUUUUGAUCCGCAACCACUGGACUCAUUCCAGACUAUCUCUAACACAGGGCAAAUGAACUGUGAUAUUGAGAGAAUGCUGUUUUCACAACCGGCGAAUGCAACCGGAAGUGCAUUGAACUUCCAGCUUGUAACACGGAAAGGAGGCGAUAUGGUUAUCACCUUGAACUGGCAACUGGGCGUUUUGGAUGUUCCCGACGAAGAGAUAUUCAUUCGCGAUAUCCUAAGAAUGGUCCAGGAUCUAAUGCUUGCGAUCUGCUGUGUUUGUCCUGCAGCUUGUAUGCAUUGCCCUAGCCCAACCGGUCCAGGGGAGAAGUAA